CACACCUCACCCCACACCCCCCACACCUCACCCCAUAUUAUCUCAAGCGUGGGGUGAUGCCAGGCAGCAGGGCGCCGCGCCUCCUGGCUUGCUCAAGGCUUUUGUCUCUCCGCCCAACGCCAAGUGGCACAUCUCGGCUAAACUUCAGACUUUUUCUUUAGUGAUGUGAUUCCGUUUUGGUGUCUAGGUGGAGCCGAUGCUCGCUCUUGUACAGUACUGCAGGUUUUGCAUUUUGAAAUGGAUGUUGUUGGUGUCCUAGGCGCGAGUUAUGAGAGUGUAGUAAGGCAUUGUGGAUGAUCUCCAGGUAGCUCGUUAAGUGAGGUUAAACACAAUAGGUUUGGCCAGGAACCAGAUGGAUGACAUCGUGGACAUAUCCUCCCCCUUGCCUAGAUAUCUCUGAAGCUACUGCUGAGUCUCCAUUGAACUGCAUGAGCUCUGCAGUACUAAAAAUGGCUAACACUAAUUUUCUGUAGUCUGGACUAUGACCAUGGAAUGCAGCAUUUUCUAAUUUCUGUGCCUUCAAUCAUUUUAAUUUGUUAAAAUAGCAACAAGUAUGAUCAUUUUAAUGUAGGAUUUCUGUUGGUUUGCAGUUAAUGUUGGAAAAUUAUAUACAAGUUAAUUGAGGCCAUGUCUCAUGGUAUAGCAUGCACAGAAUACAGUAAUUGUCCAAUCAUGGGAUGAUUGUUGCAAUAAUCUAUACAGUUUAUUUAUCACAGAUAAUGUAUUUUGAACUCAUAAUAAACAAGUUCUAAAUGAAUUAGUCUGCCUUCACUUGUGAUUUAUUGACACUACAGCCUAGGCUUUUCAUUGGCACAAAUUGACAGGGCAACUGCCUAAUAAUGUAACCUGUCACCUUGCAACUGGGUAAUGAUUGCACAAAUUUAGAAAAGAUAAAUUUGAUAAAUUUAAAAAUUUUUAAUAAAACUUUAAAUAUUAAAUAAAUCCUUAGUACUUUGUUAUAUAUUUUUAGUAAUAUUUUUAAUUGGCAUUAUCUACCUGGAACUCUGCCUUAUUGGAGGUACUGUAUUGAUUUCUUUAUUUAAACAUUUUGAUGGCUGCAACUUUAGCAGAUCCAGGUUAGGCCACACCCUAGUUAGGUCAGUGAGCUAACUAGACCAAAAUUCCUAAAAUUUCUCUUUAGUCUAGAGCAGGAGAGAGCACAUAGAAGGCUAGGCCUGAGCACAUGCAGCACCAAGCACUGAACCAAGCCAGGUCCACAACACAAACUGGACAAAAUAUGCAGGGGGAAUUUAACUAAAAUAUAGAACCAUACCAAGCAAAUAGUUCCCACAGAAAAAAGCUCCAAAGAUGGCUGGCACUUACUUUAGAAACAACAGGAUUUUUGCAACUGAUUGAUGACCCAGGAGCCCUACAGUGGACAACAGCUGGUGUCCAGCAACAUAAUUGGCUUGGAUAGCUGAGGAAGCCCUGGAGACCCCUCCCCCACCUUACUAGUAGUUGGGGGGGGGGGGGUUAGUGCUAACGAGCUCACACUAGUUUCGAGAGAUUCGAUUGUUUACAUUAUUUGGAGAGUUCAUUUGGCACUUUUGAGGCUUUGGUUAUUUUGAACAAAGCAGUAGUCAGUAUUGGUUUGGUGACUUUCUGGAUGCUUUCCUGGUGGGUUGGCAAAGUGUCACUUACUUUCUCUGCCUCUGAGAGGGAGGCCAAGUUUUGUCUCUUGUUAGGUCCAACAGAACUCCACGACUGAUGUGACCUAGUAGUUAGGAGCCAUCUUAAUAAAAUACAGUAACUUCAGGAAGUCACAAGGGGCUCUCCUCAAAAAUACAACUUAAAUCCCCAUUUUGAGGUCAGCACACAAGUAAAUAUAAAUAUUAUGCAUUUACAUGUACAUUAGAUGUGUGCCCCACAAAGUGUACCAUUAUUCACAAAGUUGCCCACAAGUUAAAAUAAUGGCCAACUCCUGGCCAAGUAGUCCUUAAAUUAUAUGUGCCUAAGGACUUAGAUUUAGGAUGACAUCCUAAAACAGUAGGGUAGAGUAAGGGGCAUGAAGAAGGGAAGCCCAAUCUCCACUGGCUAUAUCAGGAAAGUGUUCAGAGUGCUCCCAAAAAUUCUCACUGGGGCAGUAUAAUCAAUUGUAUAUACUGUACUGAACAAAAUUAAAGCAUCCAUAAGCAUUAAGAAAUUACAUAUUUUGGCUUAUCCUGGCUUCUUCAGAGAAUGAUCAUUGUUUGGAAAGCACCAAACUGUCCAUUACCAUAUAUAAUCCUAGUUGGUGUGUCAUAAACCCAGCCAAGCACAAAUUGAUUGUCUACAUCCUGUCCUUUGUAGUUUCUCAGCUGAUGAACAAUGAUCUUUAAUUAAUGAAGUAAUUAUUUAACGAUGUCUGGAUUCAUAACAUCAUUCAAUCAGUGAGCAGGCAUUUCAUAUGGAUCCAGACCACUUUUCAGCUUUAUUUUACCUUCAUAUUUAUCCCCUGCUUGUCAAGGUUCUGACAGACAGGUCAGCAAGCUUUUCAUCAAGAUGAUUUACUGAGCAUGCUUGUUUACACUCUGAUAUUGGUAGUAUGGCCACUAAUCCUGGUCAGUGAGUAAAUCUUGAUAUAAAUGAAACACAGUAUUAAUGUACAGUACUGUACUUCAGUGCCUAAAACUCAUUCAUUUGCAAAAAAUAUGUCAUUCAAGGGAUAUAAUGUCAUAUUGUUUAAACAACAGAUACUGCACUCCCAAUAUAUGGUUAGAAUAUCAUGUUACAAAUACUGUGCCCAUGAAGCUACCAGAUAAUGCUUUAUAUGCAGAGGAGGGAUGCUGACACCACUGACAAAACUUUAUUAAGUACAUGAUAUUGGUGGUGGGCGUGGGUAUUUUCUCUCUCUCUCCUCUAGUUAGAUAAGUCCAGUGAAUGUCAGCAAGAUUUAAAGAUUCAAAUACUGAAUAUCCUUCAAUUACACUUUUUUCCAGGUCCUGGAUUGGUGAUGAUGAGACACUUCUGGCAGCACUAUCCUCAGCUACAACUAUAUGCUCAGAUGGAGAAAGGUGGAUCGUCCCAGACUGCAGCUAUGGAAGCUCUUGCCAAGUUACGUCCUGAUAUAGACUUUGCCAUGCUGGCAAAAAUGGGAGUAACUUUGGACCCAGUAGCCUUAACAAAACAACUAAGGCCAGAUCUGGAUGUCAAGAUGAUGACGAGCAGCUCUUCUAGCAAGUCUGAAUCAUCACACUCGUACUCCACUGCUCAUUCUUCACAUUCCUCACACUCUGGAUCUCAUUCUCACUCUGGUGGACACCCUUCUCAGCAUCUUAGCAAAUCAGAUGCUGCUUACUUGGCCAAACUGCAAGAGGCCAGUCUUGCUAGUGCCAAUGCUUUGGCCAAGCUCGAUCCCAAUCUCCUUGCCAAACUAGAUCAAUCAACACUUGCACAGCUGUCCAAACUUGAUGCUGCUACAUUAGCCAAACUUGAUCAUAACACACUAGCUCAGUUAGUUAAAGCUGAUGCAUCAGCUGCUGCCGUUUCUAUGUCUAUGAGCAAGGCAGAUCAGGCUAUGUUGUCACAAUUGGCCAAGCUUGAUCAUCACACACUUUCUAAGCUGGACCCAUCAGCCCUCACUCAGUUGGCUAAACUUGAUCCAAUGAUGUUAGCAAAGAUGGACCAAACAACUCUCUCUCAGUUGGCAAAAUUGGACCCUCAUACACUAUCUAAAUUAGACCAAGCCAUGCUUGCACAACUUGCAAGACAUGAUGCACAAAUGCAAGCUCACACUCGUGCAGCUCUUAGUAAAAUGGACUCUGCUACGCUAGCCCAACUAUCCAAGAUGGAUCCUCAUCUGUUAUCCAAGCUAGACCCAAAUACAUUGGCACAAUUAGCCAAAUUAGAUCCACAUACACUCUCGAAAGUUGACUCGGCUACACUUUCCCAGUUGGCCUCUAUGGAUGCUGUUGCUAUGGCUCAGUUAUCCAAGAUUGAUCCUCAUUCUUUAUCUAAAAUUGAUCAAGCUACACUGGCUCAGUUAGCAAAAAUGGAUCCACAUGCAUUAUCUAAAAUGGAUCCUGCCAUGCUAGGACAGUUAGCCAAAUUAGACCAACAAGCUGUCAACAAAAUGAACAAUGCAGCCUUGGCACAGCUCUCUAAGAUGGAUCCUCACAAUCUCUCCAAGAAAGAUGUCUCUUCAUUGAAUCACUUGAUGAAAAUGGACCAUCACACACUCAGCAAAAUGGAUCCAAAUAUUCUUGCACAGCUGUCUAAACUAGAGGCACAUGCUAAAAUGGAUCCUUCUACUUUAGCCCAACUUUCAAAAUUAGAUCCUCAUUCCAAGAUGGAUCCUGCAACCUUGGCUCAACUUGCUAAGCUGGAUCAGCAGGGUAAGUUGGAUCCAGUUACCCUAGCUCAGCUUUCCAAAUUGGAUGCACAUGGUAAAAUGGAUCCUGCCACCCUGGCCCAGCUUUCAAAGUUAGAUGCACACACUAUGUCUAAACUUGAUGCUCAGUUGGCACAGCUAGCAAAGCUAGAUUCUCACUCAUUAUCUAAGCUUGAUGUAAACACAUUAGCUCAGUUGGUUAAGUUAGAUCCUCAUUUGCUGACAAAGUUAGACUCUACUGCAUUGGCACAGCUUACAAAAUUAGAGGCUCAGCAGAUGCAAGCAGCAGCUGCAGCAGCUGGCUUAUCAAAAGCAGAUUUGGCAGAGCUUCGAAAACUGGAGGCAGAGGCACUAGCUCGCAUGCAGACAACUGAUUUAGAUGCAUCACUGCUCAGUCCAGCUGCUGCUGGGCUUACCACCUGCAGCACUAAUACAUCACCUGGAAGUGCACAUGGUAUGUCCAAAUAUCAACAGUUAUUAGCUGUAAUUGAAGAAAUGGGCAAAGACAUACGUCCUACUUAUGCUGGAAGCAAGAGCAGUGCUGAGCGCCUCAAACGUGGAAUUGUCCAUGCACGAAUUCUCGUGAGAGAGUGUUUAAUUGAAACUGAAAGAGCAGCACGUACAUGAACCACACUUUUAUAAAUACUCACUCUUGGUAUCAAAUGUGAACUAGACAGGAUUUUUACUGGCUUUGUAUUUAUGUUACUGAAUAUAUAUAUAUAUCUUUGCGCGUUCCUUGAACUUACAAAUCUAAUGCUAAUUUCCAAAUUUGUUUCAGGAAAUAAGACAUUUCAUCAUUGGUGACUGAAUUAUUCUAUACAAUGAUACAUUUUUGUUUCUAAGUAGCUUACUUGCUACUUAAAAUUUGGAAUAGAGUAGUAGUAUUUAUUAGAGUAUAGUUGACAUUUUCUGGUCAUGUCGUUAAGAAUGACUUCGGUCCAUUUGUCUUGGAGGAGGUUAUCAAUGAUACAUGGCAAUUCUUUUAUACAAAAACUGAAGAUGGUCUCUUCUCAAUCUUUGUAAUGAAUGUUCCUUAAUCUUAUUCUCUUUAAGUGGUGUUGCAUCAUGUAAAUGUCUGCAAAUGAGCAUAAAGUGCAGUAUGUGUGAGUUUAGCAGAAACUGGUUUAAAAAUUAGUUUUAAAUAGGUAUAGAAUAAGGUGAAUGUCAAGAUAGAAAAGGUAAGAAAGGAAAUGUGUGAGAGGUUAGCUGUGUGUGUAUUUAGGGGGGGAGGAAGAGGCUGGAAAAAUGAAGGCGAGCAUGUAUAGUGAUUGAAGUGAAAACCGUAGAAAGAAGAGAUAAGAGCGUAGAGGUUGGAGGCAUGAGUACAAGGGAUAGUGAAUGAAAGUGAAUGGGAUCCAGUGUUCAAGCUCCGUAUAGUCUGCAUUGUGUCAGUUACUGGGAAGUAGCAUGGUAAAUAACAUAUGUAGGUAAUUUGGUGUUAUAAAUUAAACAAAAAACUAGUACUCGGUCAAGCAGAUUGUUUUAAAGGCUAGAUUAAAAGUUUUUUUAUGGUGCAUGUUUUAUAAUGGUCUAAUCUAGUUGCGUAGUAAUACCUGAACCUCCUACCCAAAUAUAGAUAACAUUGACCCUGGUGCUCCACUCUGACGCACGAAUCUCAAUCGUUACAAACGGAAUCAAGUGUGUCCCAGACAGCCUAUUAAAUUAUAUACUAUUAAUAUACAAAUCUUUAAGUAUACUGUAUUUACAUAAAACUCUUAGAUGCAAAAUAUUGAGAAUUGAAGUAUUAAAUGAGCACAUAAAUAUUGUUAAUGAUCUAUAGUUAUAAAUUAAUUUAUAUUUUUUUAUACAUGAAACUUCACUAAUACUGCAUGUACCUGUACCAGUAAUUAAAAUAUUGUACCACUUUGCUUCAAGUAAAUAAACAGGACUAUUUUGACUGAAAACUAUAAUUUGUUCAGUAGUCAGCAUAGAUUUUAAAAGCACUGAAAUACUUUUUCUCUCCCAAAGAAGUUCUUGCACUGUACUGUACUGUACUUGAAUUUUGUCUUAAAUCUUCUGAAUGAUUAUGCUUGAACUUACAAGACUGCUUUGUGUCGAAUAUUUUCAGCCGUUACAAAAGUAACGGCUGAAAUCUCCAAACAUUUCAAGCAUUAUAAAUAAGAUUGAAAUGAUUCAGUAAUUCUCUGUUGACUGACAAGUGAAACAUUGCUCUGUAUAAGUAUAUAAUAAUUGAACAAAGGCUGUAUGUCCUUUCAUUAUUGAAUUGCCAAAAAAUUAAAAGUUGCAAAACAUGGUAAAAUUUUGAGUUCAUAAGAUUUUUCUUUUUUUGUAAUAGCCAGCACAUGAAUAAAAGGCAUUAAAUAAAUUUGAUGCUAAAUUUCUAUUUUCCACAUAGAAGGUAAACCACCAAAAGCACAUUAAAUAUGAUAAUACUUUAAAAAAAUAUACCUUUUAGGUAAAAAGUAUAAUACCUAAUUUGUUAAGCAAAUGUUGAUGCUUGUACUGGUUGAAAUUGCAUCACUCCCAUCACAGAAAUGAUGGUAUACAAAACUUUAAACCUUUCAUUGUAAUAAUUUUAAGUUACCCAACAUCCUCUGUGGUUUAUCUUCAGUAUUGAAUUGAGCACAAAGCCCAGGAUUUAUUUUUUUUUUAGGGGGGGGGGGGCACUUGCAUACUGUAUGAAUAGAUUUGUGUAGUUGGGUGUGUACUAGCUCUAACUAUGGCUAUUGUAAUGUUCAAAUUUAAUUUGCAUUAGCAUAGGAUGACAAGAAUAAAGAUUUGAUUGAGAA